CAUGGCUGGAGUGCGGCGGAGGUGAGCCGACCGCCCCCUGCAGCUCCAGCCUCCUGAGCGCGAGCGCCGCGGCUGCAGCGGCGCCUCCGUUCUGCGGUGCAGAGGCCCAGGGAGCCGGCUGUCGCUCGCCGCCGGCAUGUGGGGCGCCCCGGACGAGAGCUCGGUGCGGGUGGCUGUCAGAAUAAGACCACAGCUUGCCAAAGAAAGGAUUGAAGGAUGCCAUAUUUGUACAUCUGUAACGCCUGGAGAGCCUCAAGUCUUCCUAGGCAAGGAUAAAGCUUUCACUUUUGAUUAUGUGUUUGACAUUGACUCCCAGCAAGAGCAGAUCUACACUCAGUGUAUAGAAAAACUAAUUGACGGCUGUUUUGAAGGAUAUAAUGCUACAGUUUUUGCUUAUGGACAAACUGGAGCUGGCAAAACAUACACAAUGGGAACAGGAUUUGAUGUUAACAUCAUUGAGGAAGAACAGGGUAUAAUUUCUCGUGCUGUUAAACAUCUUUUCAAGAGUAUUGAAGAAAAAAAACACACUUCCAUUAAAAAUGGACUUCCUCCUCCAGAUUUUAAAGUGAAUGCCCAGUUCUUAGAGCUAUAUAAUGAAGAGGUUCUUGACUUAUUUGAUACUACUCGUGAUAUUGAUGCAAAAACUAAAAAAUCAAAUAUAAGGAUUCAUGAAGAUUCAGCUGGAGGAAUUUAUACUGUGGGCGUCACAACACGUACAGUGAAUACAGAAUCCGAGAUGAUGCAGUGUUUGAAGCUGGGUGCUUUAUCUCGGACAACUGCUAGUACCCAAAUGAAUGUUCAGAGCUCUCGUUCACAUGCCAUUUUUACCAUUCACUUGUGUCAAACCAGAAUGUGUCCUCAAAUAGAUGCUGAAAGUGCAACUGAUAAUAAAGUGAUUUCUGAAUCAUCACAGAUGAAUGAAUUUGAAACUCUGACUGCAAAGUUCCAUUUUGUUGAUCUGGCAGGUUCAGAAAGACUGAAACGUACUGGAGCUACAGGCGAGAGAGCAAAAGAAGGCAUUUCCAUCAACUGUGGACUAUUGGCACUUGGCAAUGUAAUAAGUGCAUUGGGAGAUAAGAGCAAGAGGGCAACUCAUGUUCCCUAUAGAGAUUCUAAGCUGACAAGACUGCUACAGGACUCUCUUGGGGGCAAUAGCCAAACAAUCAUGAUAGCAUGUGUCAGCCCCUCAGACAGAGAUUUUAUGGAAACUUUAAAUACCCUGAAAUAUGCCAAUAGAGCUAGAAAUAUCAAGAACAAAGUGAUGGUCAAUCAAGACAGAGCUAGUCAGCAGAUCAAUGCACUCCGUAGUGAGAUCACACGACUUCAGAUGGAACUUAUGGAGUAUAAAACAGGCAAAAGAAUAAUUGAUGAAGAGGGUGUGGAAAGCAUCAAUGACAUGUUUCAUGAGAAUGCUAUGCUACAGACGGAAAAUAACAACCUGCGUGUGAGAAUUAAAGCCAUGCAAGAGACGGUCGAUGCUCUGAGGACCAGAAUCACACAGCUUGUUAGUGAUCAGGCCAACCAAGUUCUUGUCAGAGCAGGUGAAGGGAAUGAGGAGAUUAGUAAUAUGAUUCAUAAUUACAUUAAAGAAAUUGAAGAUCUCAGGGCAAAAUUAUUAGAAAGUGAAGCAGUGAAUGAGAAUCUUCGAAAAAACUUGACAAGAGCCACAUCAAGAUCACCAUAUUUCAGCGGAUCAUCAGCUUUCUCCCCUACUAUAAUAUCCUCAGAUAAAGAGACCAUUGAGAUUAUAGACCUAGCUAAGAAAGAUUUAGAGAAGCUGAAAAGAAAAGAAAAGAAGAAGAAAAAGAGGCUACAGAAACUUGAGGAAAGCAAUCGAGAAGAAAGAAGUGUGGCUGGUAAAGAGGAUAAUACAGAAACUGACCAAGAGAAGAAAGAAGAGAAGAAUAUUUCAGAAAGAGAAAACAUUGAAUUAGAAGUUGAAGAAAGUCAAGAAGUGAGUGAUCAUGAAGAUGAGGAAGAGGAAGAGGAGGAGGAAGAAGAUGACAUUGAAGGGGGUGAAAGCUCUGAUGAAUCAGAUUCUGAAUCAGAUGAAAAAGCCAAUUAUCAAGCAGACCUAGCAAACAUUACUUGUGAAAUUGCAAUCAAGCAAAAGCUGAUUGAUGAACUAGAAAAUAGCCAGAAAAGACUGCAGACGCUGAAAAAACAGUAUGAAGAGAAGCUAAUGAUGCUACAACAUAAAAUUCGGGACACACAGCUUGAAAGAGACCAAGUGCUUCAAAACUUAGGCUCAGUGGAAUCUUACUCAGAAGAAAAGGCAAAAAAAGUUAGGUCUGAAUAUGAAAAGAAACUACAAGCCAUGAAUAAAGAACUUCAGAGACUUCAGGCAGCUCAGAAAGAGCAUGCAAGGUUGCUUAAAAAUCAGUCCCAAUAUGAAAAACAAUUGAAGAAAUUACAGCAGGAUGUGAUGGAAAUGAAGAAAACUAAGGUUCGCUUGAUGAAACAAAUGAAGGAAGAACAAGAAAAAGCCCGAUUGACAGAAUCUAGAAGAAACAGAGAGAUUGCUCAGCUGAAAAAAGAUCAACGUAAAAGAGAUCAUCAACUUAGACUUCUGGAAGCCCAAAAAAGAAACCAAGAAGUGGUUCUUCGUCGCAAAACGGAAGAGGUUACAGCUCUUCGCCGGCAAGUAAGGCCCAUGUCAGAUAAAGUGGCUGGGAAAGUCACUCGGAAGUUGAGUUCAUCUGAUACUCCUGUUCAGGACACAGGUUCCAGUGCAGCUGCUGUAGAAACAGAUGCAUUAAGAGCUGGAGCCCAGCAAAAAAUGAGAAUUCCUGUGGCAAGAGUCCAGGCCUUACCAACACCCACGGCAAAUGGAACCAGAAAAAAAUACCAAAGGAAAGGAUUGACUGGCCGAGUGUUUACUUCUAAAACAGCUCGCAUGAAGUGGCAGCUUCUUGAACGCAGGGUCACAGACAUCAUCAUGCAGAAAAUGACUAUUUCCAAUAUGGAGGCUGAUAUGAAUAGGCUGCUCAAGCAACGGGAAGAACUCACAAAAAGACGAGAGAAACUUUCAAAGAGAAGGGAAAAGAUAGUCAAAGAGACUGGAGAAGGAGAUAAAAAUGUGAUUAACAUCAAUGAGGAGAUGGAGUCAUUAACUGCUAAUAUAGAUUAUAUCAAUGACAGUAUUUCUGAUUGUCAAGCUAAUAUCAUGCAGAUGGAAGAAGCAAAGGAUGAAUCAAGGUCUAUCGAAUGUCAAAGUCUGUACAUCAUAUGCAUUUGCCAUUUGAUACAGAUCUUCAUGUAGUUGAUUCUGUUUGUGUGAUCUAAGAUACACCUUUUUUUCUGGGGGGGAAUGUUAUAGGGUCUUCAGGCUGCCCAGAAAGAGGCUCAAAUUAAAGUACUUGAAGGUCGGCUUAAACAAACUGAAAUAACCAGUGCUACACAAAACCAGCUCUUAUUCCAUAUGUUGAAAGAGAAAGCAGAAUUAAAUCCUGAGCUAGAUGCUUUACUAGGCCAUGCUUUACAAGAUCUAGAUAGCGUACCAUUAGAAAAUGUAGAGGAGAGCACUGAUGAGGAUGUACCUUUAAACAGUCCAGGAUCAGAAGGAAGCUCACUGUCUUCAGACCUUAUGAAGCUUUGUGGUGAAGUGAAACCAAAAAGCAAGGCCCGAAGGAGAACCACCACUCAAAUGGAAUUGCUGUAUGCAGAUAGCAGUGAAGUAGCCUCAGACACUAAUACAGGAGAUGCCUCCUUGCCUGGCCCUCUUACACCUGUUGCAGAAGGGCAAGAGAUUGGAAUGAGUACAGAGACAAGUACCUCUGCUAGGGAAAAAGAGCUCCCUCCCCCAUCUGGCUUCCCUUCUAAGAUAGGCAGCAUUUCCAGGCAGUCAUCCAUGUCAGAAAAAAAGCUACCAGAGCCUUCCCCUGUAACAAGGAGAAAGGCAUAUGAGAAAGCAGAAAAAUCAAAGGCAAAGGAACAAAAACACUCAGAUUCUGGAACCUCAGAGGCUAGUCUUUCACCUCCUCCUUCCCCACCAAGCCGGCCCCGUAAUGAACUGAAUGUUUUUAAUCGUCUUACUGUUUCUCAGGGAAACACAUCAGUUCAGCAGGAUAAGUCUGAUGAAAGUGAUUCCUCUCUGUCGGAGGUACACAGAUCCUCCAGAAGGGGCAUAAUCAAUCCGUUUCCAGCUUCAAAAGGAAUCAGAACUUCUCCACUUCAGUGCGUUCAUAUAGCUGAAGGGCAUACAAAAGCUGUGCUCUGUGUGGAUUCUACUGAUGAUCUUCUUUUCACUGGAUCAAAAGAUCGUACAUGUAAAGUAUGGAAUCUGGUGACUGGGCAGGAGAUAAUGUCACUGGGAGGUCAUCCCAACAAUGUAGUAUCUGUAAAAUAUUGUAAUUACACAAGCUUGGUCUUCACUGUGUCAACAUCUUAUAUUAAGGUGUGGGAUAUCAGAGAUUCAGCAAAGUGUGUUCGAACGCUAACGUCUUCAGGUCAGGUUACUCUUGGAGAUGCUUGUUCUGCAAGUACUAGCCGAACAGUUGCUAUUCCUUCGGGGGAAAACCAGAUCAAUCAAAUUUCACUAAACCCAACUGGGACUUUCCUCUAUGCAGCCUCUGGAAAUGCUGUCAGAAUGUGGGAUCUUAAAAGGUUUCAGUCCACAGGAAAGUUGACAGGACAUCUAGGCCCUGUUAUGUGUCUUACUGUGGAUCAGAUUUCUAAUGGACAAGAUCUAAUCAUCACUGGCUCCAAGGAUCAUUACAUCAAAAUGUUUGAUGUAACUGAAGGGGCCCUUGGAACUGUGAGUCCCACCCACAAUUUUGAGCCCCCUCAUUAUGAUGGCAUUGAAGCAUUAACCAUACAUGGGGAUAACCUAUUUAGUGGGUCCAGAGAUAAUGGAAUCAAGAAAUGGGAUUUAGCUCAAAAAGAUCUUCUACAGCAAGUUCCAAAUGCACAUAAGGAUUGGGUCUGUGCCCUGGAAGUGGUGCCAGGCCACCCACUUUUGCUCAGUGGCUGCAGAGGGGGCAUUCUGAAGCUCUGGAACAUCGAUACCUUUGUGCCAGCUGGCGAGAUGAGAGGUCAUGAGAGUCCUAUCAAUGCCAUCUGUGCUAAUUCCACCCACAUUUUUACUGCAGCGGAUGAUCGAACUGUGAGAAUUUGGAAGACUCGAAAUUUGCAAGAUGGUCAAAUCUCUGACACAGGAGAUUUGGGGGAAGAUAUUGCCAGUAACUAAACAUGAAUGAAGAUAGUCAGAAACUGAAUACUGUGAUAAUACUUUAUCGUCUUUAUGGAAAAUGUUGUCCUGCAUUUAUUAGGCAAAAACUUGUGAAUGGAGUUAACUGGAAAAUAUAUAUGAAUCCAACUACUGAAUAUAAAUGGUAUUCUAAAAAAAUUGUGUACUCUAUGUGCUAAAUUUUAAUAUCUACCAAUGCAUAUAUAACCUAUAAUUGAUACACUGCUUGAUUCACACUUUUAUUGUGGCUGGAUUUUUGUGCCUAUCUAUAAAGAACAUCUUCAAAUUAUCUGAAAUGCAAAAUGUCUGCUUUUGUGACAGAAAAUACACUUAGAAUACAAUGCCACCCACUGUUAUCUCAUUCAUAUAGUCUGUUCGGCUGAUUUACAUAUUUGAAGCAUAUGGGAAUGUUAGUCAAACAUUGGUUUGUCUGGUAUUUAUGUCAGUCUACAGAGGGUUCCCAAAUUUAAAAGCUCUUUUAAUGUAACGAAAAAGAUGUGAGAAUAUUAUUGAUGGUGAUUUUUCAUAAAAUGGAUUUGACUUUAAUCUACUAACAAAGAAUGUUAAACAGAUUGUGUUAGAUGUUGACAUUUACUUGUAUUGACCAAAGUUUUGCAGUGCUAUUUUGUGUGCUCAGGACUAAAAUGCUGUUAAAUUAUUUUAUUAGUGCUGUGCAUACAUUCUGUGAUGGGAAACAUUUUUGAUGUCCUAACAGAAAUAUAUUUCGAUCUAUUUUCCUAUGGAGUUGUUUCUAUUAUCCACCUUUCCGUUUCAUUUUUAUUUAAUAGUAGUAUUUCUUUCCCUUUUAAUCUAAUUUUUAUAUGCUGCUAAAUAUAUUUUAAUUAUACUGUGUUUGCAAACCUUGGUAGCUAUGAUGAGAACCUUAUCAUCUGCAGUGGGAAAAGCUAUGUAAAUAGGUAGACUGUAAAGAGAGAAUGUCUUAUGUUGUAACUAUGAAUUUUAAAUGCUGUAGAUUGGAUUUUACAAAAGGAUGUAUAAUUUAUGCCUGCUCAGAAUAUUAAUUUGUAAAUUCUGCAAGUUUAAUUUUUAUGUGAGUGACAUGACACUUGAAAAUAUUGUCCUGUGAUCUUUUCCCCAAAAAAUAUUUGCUUGUAAAUGAAAGCUUUGCUAGGGCUUAAAUAAACAUGUUGCUAUGAAUAA